AUGACGGUGGCUCGGGGGAACCCAGCCGCCCACGAGGUGCUGGUGGACUCCUGGCCCAAUUUUGGCAUCGUCCUGACGCGCCUGCGCCCAGAGGAGCACAAGGACCCCAGGGAUCACUACACCAACCAGCUGGCCACGUUCUACCGCGACAAGGGGGCCCUGCGGGCACUUCUGGGGGGCACCGAGGCGGCGGUCCAGGCACGAGCCUUCCAGAUACUGGGGAUGCAGGAAGGGCUGGAUGAGGCCGUGCAGGAGGUGGCCGGUGCCAAGGGGCUGCAGGUGGAGAUCAUCCGGUACCUGGCACUGAUGAGCCCUGAGCCCCCCCGACCCCGUGGACAGUGAGUGACAGCACCGGAGGCACAGGGAUA